AUGUGUUGCAUGGGUAUUUUGGUUGCCCUGACUAGGGUUGCUGGUACGCUUGAAAGAAUAUCAGGAGAGCAGCAAGGCAAUACGGGCGAGGAGCUGGAGCCCCGAGUAAAUGGCCGCAGAGUCAAGUCAAAAGUCAAACCCCCCAAUGCCCAGACAGGCACUUCAGGCUUUGAGCUAACGAGGCAAUCGUCAGAAACUGUAAGUACCUAUGGUGAAAGCCUGAAAGGUCAGAAAGUCAAGCCAAGCCAACCUCAGCUGUGCAUCCUACACACCAACUGGCUUUCAGGUACAGGAUGCCCUGCGACUUUGCAUCAAGAUCCCAAGUCACCUCCACCCCCUUUUGGGUUUGUAUACGAAAGCACGUUCCAGGCAGACAACAGCUAUAGGCUCAUUCUCAACAAUAUGGUCUGGUUGAGGCACUUUCAACACCUGCCAGCUCCUUCAAUUAAUCAUGUACCGAUAAUCCCGCCAUAUAACAAUAUAGUAUGGCAUGUCGUGGCCUUACGUGCCCAGGACAAGGUUGCCCAAAUCUACGACAUCUGGCGGUAUCACAAAUCCGAGAUAUGCUGCAUGUAUUUUCAACGCGCCUCUCGGAUUCGUCCCUUUGCAGUAAAGCUAGCGGCUGAGUUUCAAGGGACUUCGGAUUCACGACUCCGUGGCCAUUUUUGGUUCUUUUUGUUAACACUCCCUACACAAGAUUCCAGUGAGGAAGCUUUUUACAAGCCCUCAAAUUCCGCCAAGCUUUUUGGCUUUGAAUGGUUCAGCAGAGCCUUUGAGACACGGGACGGUGGCGCUUGGCCCUUGUUGGAACACUCGUACUAA